AUGCGAAAGUCACGCUCGGCCCACGUCAAGUGCGACUGCGGCGAGAAGACGAGCAAGUGUGCUCAUCUACAACAACCUGUGGAUGGACACAAGGAAGCCGAAUCGGAUCGCGAUCCUUUGGCCGCCGCUGCUGCUGCUGCACCACCCAAGCCCCCAAUCAGACGACGACGAGCCAAUACGGUCCACUCAGACGGACUUCUCUCGUUUGAUCAAAACGGCAAUCACAAACCAGCUGCCAAGCACAAUCGUGCCGCCCAAAAGUGCGGGCCAUAUCAGCUCAACCGGGUCAAUUCCACAAACAGCGCGAGCAGUCUCGGUGCUACGUCAGAGAGCAUGCUAUAUUCGGACGGCCAGGCACCCGACUCCUUUGGCCACCGCUCUCGGGCUGCGACGGCUCGCGAACAACGGCGGGUCAAGUCAGAAACUACUUCUCCAUUGAUGUCCAGCGGCAGUUUCACCCAGUUGCAGAGUGGACUCCCUCCCCUAGAUCUGUCAGGCAUCGACUAUCCUUCAUACGUUGUCAAUGGCUCCUUUGAAAUGUUCAGCUCAGGCGUUUCAUCAGAAGUAGAUGGACCAAUUUUCAGUGCCGGUCUAAGUGCUGCUUCCGUCGACUGGAGUCACUAUGACCUCGGUGAAGCCAAGCCGGAAAACUUUGCUCCGUCAAGCUACAGCCAAGCUGGUGCCCGAAGCUUCAACGGCCUCUUUGAAUUCGGCAGCGGCUCGGAGCAGCUUCCGCGUCUCGCAAACACGACGUCAACUUCGGGCGAAGUAUCUGAAGUCGAGGAUUUCUUGGGUAAUGGAGAUGGCGAUGUGGAGAGCUGCUUCAGCACCAACGGCCUCAUCCGCCCGGCCAAUAUUGUUGCGAGGUCAACAGACCUGGCCAGUAUCGACUAUGACAGCUUUUACAACAAGAACGCUGAGAAUAAUGUCGCGGUUGGAACCAUUUCCAUGGUGGAAGAAGAUGCGGCUUUUUGGAUGCCCAACUACAAUGACCGCAUCACCACCACGGUGGAUGAAAGCCCGGACCAAGUGGCUGCAACUUCCAUGGGACCUUUUUGGGAGCUAUGA